AUGGGCGCAGGAGCCUUCAUAGAACCGCUUGUGGUAGUCACCCUACUCUUCGGUGGUACAUGGGUAAAUCGAAACACAGAAUAUCGUCUCUUCGGUCGACGGAGAGUGUAUCAAAACUCGCCGCGCUCAAGUUCUCCAGAUUCCGGUCGAUCUAGUCCGUCGUCCAGCGCAUCACUUCUAGCCAACGUCGACGAGGAACCAAAAUGGAGGAAGCGCGAGGUUGUAGUUCUGGGCAUGAGGAAGGAUGUCAUGAGCCCGAAUACUAGACGAUUCAAGGAUUAUUUCCUCAGUCGAUUGCUACAGAAGUUUCCCUUCCUUGUGGAAGCUUGGUAUUGGGCACUUAUCUACUGGGUGUACCAACUAGGUCGCGCAUUCUCGGCCGUGACAAUGGUCGAAGGCACCGUAAACGUCGCUCGUCGCCACGCUCUCCAACUCAUCCACCUCGAACAGAAGUUGCACAUUUUCUUCGAACUCGACGUCCAAGCAUGGUUCCUGAAGCAUCCCUUCCUCCUCCACUGGACGAACCGCACAUACUCUUUCAUCCAUAUUCCAGGUACAAUCUUGUUCCUAGUAUGGCUUUUCUACUACACCACAACGCGCAACCGCAUCGAUCUUCCCCUCCACAACAAGCCAAUGGGCGAGGCAGAUGGCAGCCCUGCAGGCCCAAAGCUGUAUGCUGCGAGGCGCAGGACGAUGGCUACUUGCAAUCUGAUUGCUUUCAUCGUCUUCACACUGUGGCCAUGCAUGCCGCCCCGUCUUCUCUCCGACCCCGAGGUUCCCGGCUCGGUAGGCAAAGAAGCGCGCAGCUUCGGUUUCGUCGACACUGUUCACGGCGCCGAAGGCGAGAGCAGCGUAUGGACACAAAACAAGUUCUGUAACCAAUAUGCUGCCAUGCCUUCGCUCCACUUUGGAUACUCGCUACUCAUCGGCCUCACCAUCAUGUCAAUCCCGCUUGCGCCUCAGCAUCGCCGGUCUCGCACUGUCGCGCUCACAAUGGGUCUGCGCAUGCGCAUUCCCUCGCCUCGUCGCAUACUCUGCAUCUUCCUGGGUGUCGCAUACCCCGCUAUCAUCCUUGUAGCUAUUGUAGCUACAGCGAACCAUUUCAUCCUUGAUGCUGUGGCUGGUGCCAUGGUCUGCGGAUUAGCAUGGACUGGCAAUAGAGUAUUGUUGAACUUGCUACCACUAGAGGACUAUUUCCUAUGGUGCGUACGUAUUCACAAGCCUGCGCGAAAGGCCGUUCACUGGGAUGGUGAUGAUGAUGAUAAUGACUACGACCAUAAGAGAUUUGGCGGUAAGGGCGUCAUUGUUGAUUAG